AUGCAUGAACGGGAUAUUGAUAAGUUAAAUGCUGAAAUCGCGAAUCUUAAGAAGAAAGCUGGGAAGAAGUUAGUAAAUUGUCGAAGGGGAAGACGGAAGAGUUAAUAAAUUCAACUUAGUAAAUUCAGUUAGUAAAUUCAAAUUCUUCUCUAUUUAAGACAGUUGAAAUGCUCAGCAAAUAACUUGUAACCUAAGCGAAGUUAAAGGUGAAAACUUAUCAAAUAUUUCGUCAUUAAAUUAGGAUAAAACAAAUGUAUCUGAUGCCACCACUUCUAAAGUGCGUGAAAAGAGAAGAAAAAGAGACAGAGGAAAAACAAAGGGAAAGAAAUAAGUUAUUGCAACGUAAUCCUUCAGCUAGUGAUGCUUUAUCCCCUCGGAGUGCCUCACCGCUUCAUCGCCUGGCGACGCCUCAUUGCCUAAUGAUGCCUUAUCACCCCGCGGUGUCUCAUCGCCUAGUAAUUCUUUGCCUCGUGACAAGAAAACAAUUGGUGCUAACGCAACACAAGAGGUCAAUGUCACC